AUGUCACUUGCAAAGCACACCCUGGUAAGUACACCAAAGAUGAAUUUCUUUCUGCAAAAGAUGUAUCAUCAUGCACGGGAUAUCUUCCCGCCUGUUAAAGGGGUGCUGAGGGCAAAGGCACCGGGCCAAUAAGCGAUGUCUAACAUUCUUGCAGGUCUCGGGGAGAGAGUCUUUAGCAAGUCGGGGAUCCGAUGAUCCCCAGCCGGGGAACCCCCCUGAUGGAGUAGGUGAACUUCUAACAGAUUGCUGACGAAGCAGAUUCUCAACAAGGACAAGUUCUGACUGAUAACAGGACUACUAGCGCUCUGGGCGAGGGGGGCGGACUGAGGUUGACGAGUACACAAAAGUAAGUCAUACAUCUCAUUUGAUGAUGCUCCUUUCCUUUUCGAUAGCUUGGCUGCUGUUGGGGUUAUUGGGCAGCUUCCCCUCAACAAUUCUGCAAACAAUCCUCAAUGGCCAUGGAGUCAACAGGCUCGGUAUUGGUGA